AUGUACUGCCCAGUCAUGCUGGAGAAGAAUUUCGUGUUGCCCAGUCUCUUUCCGAAGAAGGCACGCAGAUUCACACAUGGGGGCCUCGUGGCUUUGUGUCUGUUCAUCUACUUUUGUGUCACCAGAACGUCGCACGACUUUGGCGAGAAUCAAUCGUACUCUACUCAGCUGACGAGCAAUAUUGGCGAACAAUUUCCCAGGAAAAUCUGGCAGAUCUGGAAAGUGAAUCCAUUGGAAUUCGACGGGCGUGAUAUCGAGGUAGCGCGCAGCUGGAUAUCUAAAAACCCGGGCUAUAGGUACGAGGUUCUGACCGACCAGAAUGACCUCGACUAUGUCGAAGCAAACUUCGGACCCCUUGGGCUGAAUCGAUCAGAUAUCGUUAAAACAUACCGAUCUUUAACGGCUCCGAUCAUCAAGGCCGACCUACUUCGGUACCUUGUUUUGUACAUGGAGGGAGGUGUCUAUGCUGAUAUAGACGUGGAGGCAUUGAGACCAGUUGAUCGAUUCAUCCCAAACACCCACGAUGAAAGCGAGAUCGACAUGGUUAUUGGCAUCGAAAUCGAUGAGCCACACUUCCGCGACCAUCCUAUACUAGGUCAAAAAUCUCAAUCCUUCUGUCAAUGGACAUUCAUGUGCAAGCCUCGACAACCCGUGAUGAUGCGACUAGUGGAGAAUAUCCUCCUCUGGCUCAAUCAGCUCUCCAUCGAGCAAGGGAGGCCAAUCUCAGAGCUUCAGCUGGACUUCGAUGAUGUGAUCACAGGCACCGGGCCUUCUGCCUUUACAGGCGCAAUACUAUCUGAAAUGAGCCGUACAACGGGCAAGGAUGUCACAUGGAGUAUGUUCCAUGACAUACCAGAGUCCAAAGUUGUCGGGGGGUUUCUGGUUCUCACCGUUGAAGCGUUCGCCGCUGGGCAAGGUCAUUCGGACUCGGGCUCCCAUAAUUCGCGCGCGGCGUUGGUCAAGCACCAUUACCAUGCAUCUUCGUGGCCAAACCGUCACCCACGAUUCCAUCACCCGAUCUUUGGAGAGGUCGAGAGGUGCAAUUGGAAUGUGGACUGUGUGAGGAAGUGGGACGAAGAAACCAGUGCUUUUACUGCUCUGCCUCAGGAAGAGCAGGAACGGCAGAUUGCCACAUUCCAGGCAAUAGGGGAAGCACUAAAAAAUAUGGAACCACCCCCUAACCAGGGAAUGUUUUGA